GUCAUGCUUGUUUUAGUCAGCUUCCUCGUAUUAUGCUGUUUCACAAUUAGCAAUUGCGGCUUCUCUCCUUCUGGGUGGAACAGUGCCCAUGCCACUUUUUAUGGUGGUAUCGAUGCCUCUGGGACAAAUGGAGGAGCUUGUGGGUAUGGGAAUAUUUUUUCAGCAACAGGUUAUGGAACUGAUACGACAGCAUUGAGUACUGCCUUAUUUAACAAUGGAGCUUCAUGUGGGGAGUGCUACAAAAUCACAUGCGAUUAUCGAACAGACCCCAAAUGGUGCUUAAAAGGAAAAUCAGUAAUCGUAACCGCCACAAACUUCUGCCCUCCCAAUUUGUCUUUGUCCCCCAACAACGGAGGGUGGUGCAAUCCACCUCUCAAACAUUUUGACAUGUCUCAACCCGCAUGGGAAAAGAUUGCUAUCUAUAGAGGAGGGAUCGUGCCCGUGUUCUACCAAAGGGUUCCAUGCGCGAGGCAGGGAGGAGUUAGGUUCACUAUGAAUGGGAACAACUACUUUGAGCUUGUAUUGAUCACCAAUGUGGGAGGAGCUGGAUCUAUCAAAUCUGUGUAUAUCAAAGGCUCAAAAACUGGAUGGAUGGCCAUGACAAGAAACUGGGGAGAAAAUUGGCAGUCCAACGAGUAUUUGAAUGGUCAAUCUUUGUCCUUCAAGGUCACCACCACCGAUGGUGUAACUAGACUUUUCCGAGGUGUUGUUCCAGCAAAUUGGGCUUUUGGCCAGACUUUCCCUACCCGCGUCCAGUUUUAAGGCCACAGGGAUUAGAGAUUAGUGUGUUUU